GUACACGGUAAUGGCCUAUACCAGGUAAAAUCAGGGGGCUAAAAAAUUUGAUGUGUUCGGACUUUGGAGCAGCCCUUAUUAUUACUGUGGGUGUGUGUGGCUUUGUGCUCGGAAUCCAGAGUGGCAUAUACCAAAGUUAAAAAAAGAAAAAGAAAAAAGAAAAAAAGAAAAUAGAGAGCCACUAGCAUAUUUAUUUAAACAGAGUGUGUAGGGGUUAGGUUGUUGUAGCAUUACAGUGGUGUUUGUUGUCGCGAAUAGUUUGCGUCGUUCCGCCACCGAGAGAGAUUUGUUGCGAAUCUGAAGAAAUUUACAGAGUUAAGAAGAUGGGUACCUCAUGGAAAUUAGCGGAUCAUCCAAAGCUUCCAAAGGGUAAACAGGUGGCGGUUGUGGUCUUGGACGGUUGGGGCGAGGCUAAACCCAAUCAGUACAACUGCAUCCAUGUCGCUGAGACACCCGUCAUGGACUCCCUUAAGAACGGUGCCCCUGACAAAUGGAGAUUGGUUAGGGCUCAUGGUAAGGCAGUAGGCCUUCCAACAGAAGAUGACAUGGGCAAUAGUGAAGUUGGUCACAAUGCACUUGGUGCUGGCCGUAUAUUUGCUCAGGGUGCAAAGCUUGUAGACCUUGCUCUUGCCUCUGGAAAAAUUUUUGAAGGAGAAGGUUUCAAGUACAUAAAGGAAUGUUUUGAAACUGGCACAUUGCAUCUCAUCGGGUUACUGAGUGAUGGCGGAGUCCACUCCAGACUUGAUCAGUUGCAGCUGUUGCUUAAAGGGGUUAGUGAGCAUGGUGGUAAAAGAAUUCGUGUCCAUAUUCUUACUGAUGGCCGUGAUGUUUUAGAUGGUUCAAGUGUGGGAUUUGUUGAAAUUCUUGAAAAUGAUCUUGCAAAAUUGCGUGAGAAAGGCAUCGAUGCAAGGAUAGCAUCCGGUGGAGGUCGAAUGUAUGUCACAAUGGACCGCUAUGAGAAUGACUGGAGUGUUGUUAAACGAGGGUGGGAUGCUCAAGUUCUUGGCGAAGCCCCUCAUAAGUUUACAAGUGCUCUUGAAGCUGUCAAGAAACUGAGGGCUGAACCAAAAGCGAAUGACCAGUAUCUGCCUCCUUUUGUAAUCGUUGAUGAUAAUGGGAAGUCUGUUGGCCCCAUAGUUGAUGGGGAUGCUGUUGUUACAUUGAAUUUCCGGGCAGAUCGUAUGGUUAUGCUUGCUAAAGCUCUGGAAUAUGAAAAUUUUGACAAAUUUGACAGAGUUCGCUACCCAAAGAUCCACUAUGCAGGAAUGCUUGAAUAUGAUGGUGAAUUGAAGCUUCCAAGUCAUUACCUUGUUUCUCCACCAGAGAUUGAUAGGACAUCUGGCGAAUAUUUAGUGUAUAAUGGUAUUCGGACUUUUGCUUGCAGUGAGACUGUUAAAUUUGGUCAUGUCACAUUCUUCUGGAAUGGAAACCGCUCUGGGUAUUUUAACCCAGAAAUGGAGGAAUAUGUGGAAAUUCCUAGUGACAGUGGGAUUACGUUCAAUGUCAAACCAAAAAUGAAGGCACUUGAAAUUGCUGAAAAGGCAAGAGAUGCAAUUCUUAGCAGGAAAUUUGAUCAGGUACGUGUCAACCUACCAAAUAGUGACAUGGUGGGGCAUACAGGUGACAUUGAAGCAACAGUUGUGGCUUGCAAGGCAGCUGAUGAGGCUGUGAAGAUGAUCCUUGAUGCAAUAGAGCAAGUGGGUGGAAUUUUUGUUGUAACUGCUGACCACGGAAAUGCAGAGGACAUGGUGAAGAGGGAUAAAUCUGGAAAUCCUUCUCUUGACAAGAAUGGAAAUAUCCAGAUUCUUACUUCUCACACUCUUGAGCCUGUGCCACUUGCAAUUGGAGGUCCUGGAUUGUCGCCUGGUGUCAGGUUCAGAAAUGAUGUUCCCACUGGUGGACUGGCUAACGUUGCUGCAACUGUGAUGAAUCUUCAUGGAUUUGAGGCUCCCAGCGACUAUGAGCCAACUCUCAUAGAAGUAGUUGAUAACUAGGGCAACAUAAAUGGAUUAUAAUUUACAGAAAUGCAGUGCAGGUUGUCAGCCUCCAAAUAAUUAAAAACUUUCAUCCUUCCACUUGUUCGGUGGGUUUUGUUCUUUAUAACUCUUAAGUCUGCGGUUGACAGAGGAUGAUAACUAUAAUUAAUGCGAUUUUGAGUGAGUUUCCUUUCAACUUUA